AAGUGUCCACGUUGCAAUUAAAUGUACCUAAUGGAGGAGAAAGCCUAUCAAUGUCUUGAAUGUGGAAAGCGCUUCCAUCUGCACGGACAUCUAAAGAGACACCAAAGGACUCGGCUCUGAAUGCCUGGCGCGUGGGCAGAGCUUCACUCCUUGUUCGGGAAAUGAAGACCCCAUGAAGUCACCUUCGGCAUGAUGAGAAAACAUCAGCAUCUAGUGGAUAUUUCGGAGUUUGGAAACAAACGCGCAAUAACGAAAGAAAUCCCAUAGGAAGAAGAAAUCCACUCUAGGUGCUGAUUUUGUGGAACUCACUUUCAAUCAGAUAAAAGGGAGGACUCAAGUGUCCAUAUUAUAAUCAAUCAUAUACCUAACCGUCAACAUGGAGAAGAAACCCUAUAAAUGUCUGGAGUUUGAACAGAGCUUUGCUGAAAGCGAAGCUCUACAUAAACAUCAAAGGACACACACUGGGGAGAAACCCUAUAAAUGCCUGGAGUGCGGACAGAGCUUCACUCAGAAUGGAAGUCUAUGUUCACAUCAGAGGACGCACACUGGGGAGAAACCCUAUACAUGCCUGGAGUGUGGACAGAGCUUCACGCAGAGAGGAAAUCUUAGUUCACAUCAAAGGACUCACACUGGGGAGAAACCUUAUACAUGCCUGGAAUGUGGGCAGAGCUUCACUCAGAGGGCACAUCUAUGUUUACACCAAAGGACUCACAAUGGGGAGAAACCCUAUACAUGCCCAGAGUGUGGACAGAGCUUUGCUCAGAGUGGGAAUUUAUGUUUACAUCUAAGGACUCACACUGGGGAGAAACCUUAUAAAUGCCUGCAGUGUGGACAGAGCUUCACUCAGAGAGGUCAUCUACGUUCACAUCAAAGGACUCAUACUGGGGAGAAGCCCUAUACAUGCCCAGAGUGUGGACAGAGCUUCGCUCAGAGGCCACAUCUACGGUCACAUCAAAGGACUCACACUGGGGAGAAACCCUAUACAUGCCCAGAGUGUGGACAGAGCUUUGCUCGAAGUGGAAAUCUACGGUCACAUCAAAGGACUCACACUGGGGAGAAACCCUAUCCAUGCCUGGAGUGUGGGCAGAGCUUCACUCAGAGAGGACAUCUACUUUCACAUCAAAGGACUCACACUUGGGAGAAACCCUAUAAAUGCUUGGAGUGUGGACAGAGUUUCACGCAGAGUGGAAGUCUACGUUCACAUCAAAGGACUCACACUGGGGAGAAACCUUAUGCAUGCCUGGCGUGUGGGCAGAGCUUCACUCAUAGUUCAGGUCUACAUUCACAUCAGAGAAUUCACACUGGGGAGAAACCCUAUACAUGCCUGGAGUGUGGACAGCGCUUCACUGAAAGUGGAAGUCUACGCUCACAUCAAAGGACUCACACUGGGGAGAGACCCUAUAAAUGCCAGCGGUGUGGACAGAGCUUCACUCAGAGUUCAAAUCUACAUCGACAUCGCAAAAUUCACACUGGAGAGAAUGGAGAAAUUUGACACAAGAUAGUCUUUCUAACAUAUACAAAAGCAACUCUUGUAAAUUUUGGAAAUGCAAGCACAAAAUUGGGACAUUUUAUCACAUGUGGUUUAUUGUAGAAAGAUUGAACUAAAAUACAUUCCAGCCUGGAAGUAAUUAAAGUGAACAGGGUUUUUUUGUUGAGAAUACUGGAUGAUGUCAGUUGGAAAAAUUUAUUGAUUUGAAAUGUUAUCAAAAGUAGACGUGUGAUUAUAAAACAUUAUAUAAAGUGAGUAGCACUGUAAGGGAUAAAAAUUAAACUGAAGCUUGUAGAAAAGUACCCAUGUCUCUCUGUUGUUAGGUUAGUUCCCUUUGUGUGCCUAUGUAGGAACUCUGAGUAUGCCAACCAAAUUCGAUAGGGUUGUUGAGACAGUUUUAACGAGGGGAUUUUAACGUCAGGGUAAGUGAUUUUAAUGUUUUUGUUAUGUGUAUAGUCUAGUAUGUUUCAGCAUUGAAUGUUUGCCAUUUAUGUGUUGUGCUCUGCCCCAAUUCCCCUUUGGGUUGAGAAGGGCGGGAUAUGCCUGCUUUAAAUAAAUAAAUAUAUGUGUGUUUCUUAA